AUGUACGGCUACAUGUAUGUGCGUGUGGCCGUGCGUUUUCGCGUGUACAGAGGGCUGGACUCCCGGUUGGAGGUGGUGAUAUUUGCAGUUCUCGGCCGUUGGCGCUCCGGCGGUCUCUUCUUGGCAGAGCCGCGGUGUCGGGGGAUCGCGGUUCACAGAAGCCAUGGCUGCUCCUCAAACCGGCCCACAGAUGCUCCCCGCUUCUCCCCGGGCCAGGCCAUCCUCGUCGUCCACGCCGUCCACGUCCGUCACUGA